AUGGAUUGUUCAGCUGCAAGAAAGACACAAAAGGCUGACCGGGAAAAGUUAAGGAGGGAUCGACUCAAUGAACAGUUUGUAGAACUGGGUAACGUUUUAGACCCUGACAGGCCCAAAAAUGACAAAGCAACCAUUCUAGGUGAUACAAUUCAAUUGCUGAAGGACCUUACUUCUCAAGUUAGUAAACUCAAAGAAGAAUAUGCUACACUAAAUGAAGAAUCUCGUGAGUUGACUCGGGAGAAAAAUGAUCUCAGAGAAGAAAAGGCUUCUCUUAAAUCUGAUAUUGACAACUUGAAUAAUCAGUAUCAGCAGCAGCUCAGGACUAUGUUUCCAUGGACUGCAAUGGAUCAUUCAGUUAUGAUGGCUCCACCAUCAUAUCCCUUUCCAAUGCCAAUGGCAGUACCUCCUGGUUCAAUUCCCAUGCAGCCAUUCCCUUACUUUGCUAAUCAACAUCCUGCAGUCAUCCCUAACCCCUGUUCAACGUUUGUUCCUUAUUUAGCCCCCAAUACCAUUAUUGAACAACAAUCAAUCCAGUACGUUUCCCCUCCACUUCAUCCAGGCAGUCGGUCUAAUGUGUCAGAAAAACAAGAGUCCAAAAGCAAAUCAUCCAGGGAGAGUAAGGCUGAAAAGAAUGACGAUUCUAAUGAUGUCACUACGGACCUUGAGUUGAAGACUCCUGGGUCUUCAGCAGAUGAGGAUUUAUCAUCCGGACAAAGAAAAUCUGUCAAGAUGUCAAGGAGGGAAAGCAGCUGCUGCUCAGAAGGGAGUUCAUUAGGUAGGCACUCUUCUGCUCGUAGCGUUCAGGAUAGCUCAUCAAGCAGUGCAGUUGCAAGCAGAAAGGAUAAUGAAUGA